ACAUCUCAUUAUCCUCGUCAUUCUUGCCGUCUUCAGCUCCCAUGACUGCCUGCGUCUGCGUCUCUGCUCCACAAGCCUCUAUCUCUGACUCCCAUGCUAUGUGACGCCUCUGACCGUCUUUCUCUUCCGUGUGGAUCUCGGUGAAUCAUAUGCUGCAGCCCCCGCGAGAGCCCGAGACCGACAUCGCCCAUCACAUCUCACCACCAACCAGCACGCAUCGUCACUACGCUCUCGUGACCCAACUUCUCGCUGUGUGCUGUGGAGCAUGCGAGGUGCGCCUCGUUUCUAGACUAGCUGAAAAUGCUUGCAUGCUUCCGCGAAUAUCAUACCUGUCUCUUCUGCCUCGACGCCCAACUCCCAAGCGGUGCUCUUCUGUACGCCUCCUCCCGCCGCUCGACGCCGCUCUGUGCUCUCGCGCCCUUUACUGCUUCAGCUCGGCAUAUCCUUGUCAACGUGUCUCUUUUCUUCUUCUUUUUGCUCCAUGGUACUUUUCAUUGGUCGUGAUAUAUCCACUCUAUCAUAAUACAUACAGGUGGAUAUCUCCGGUGGUUCUCAUUACACUCCGCCAGGUACUCGUCUACACCAUAGUUGCUUCGGCUGCCUUAUUUUGGACCCCUGCGCCGCUACCAAUACUCUCCAUUUUAUGCCUUGAUCACGUCUCCAUAGCUUAGAUCUUGUUUACCAAGCCUCGGUCAGUCUUAAGCUGGCUAAGUUUCUCAAGCGCCUCUUCGACAGGGACCAACGAGCCCUUGGUCUGGGUGGCUUGGUCGUCUCGGUUUCGGAUGUUAAGGGUGCGACUGCUGGCCUCCUCGGCACCAACCACUGUGCAUAAUUGUUAGCUGCUGCACGGGAAUCCGGCAAGUCUGGCAAUGUCUCUUACCAAAAAUAAAGUUGUACUGCUCC